CGCAAGCGGAUGCAUCGAGCGUGUAAGGUCUGCAGCUUACUGGCCCCACAAGGAAAGAGGGGGGAAAAUACCAAGUGGUACUGUCGGGCUUGUUCGAACGGUCACACCGGCGAUGUUUAUCUCUGCCAAAUGGUGCGGCAUGAGUCAUUCGGCGAAAAGAAGUCGUGCUAUGCAAUUUGGCAUGAGCACUGGGAUUGUGGAAAGAGUAUCCCGGUGAACCUUGACAAGAAAUUGCAGUUCCGGAAACCUACAGGAAAGCGACGCAGCUCGAAACAAUCCUCGCACGGACUUGGCGGUUAA